AUGGCCACUGGACAAAAACUUUAUUUCUCCUUUGCUAUUAUUUUACCAUUUCUUAGAAGAUAUACCAUAGAAAUCGACAAAAUUAACCCAUUUUUGAAAAAUAGAUUUGUUUCAUCCAUCCUUCCUAAUUACAAAAGAUCUUAUAAUGUCUUUGAUCGGGGGGUCGUUUACAAGAUCUGCGUUGUAUAA